AUGGACCUGCACGAGAACGCCGAGACCAAGACAGUGACCGCGACGUUCGGACCUCUUGGUAUCAACCAACAGGAUGUCAACGUCAAAGUUUAUGGAAACCGUCUGACCAUAUCCGGGGAGUCGAAACGCUCAGACAAGGGCGGCUAUGCGCGAUUUGGUGCUUACGGUCAUCAUAUCGUCCAGGCUGAGGAUGUCCAUGCAAAGAUGGAGGAUGGAUUGCUCACUGUGCGUUUCCCGAAGGCUGGACCGGAUCAGCAACCCCAGCAGGUUGCAAUCGCGUGAAGACGCGGUAGUAUCUGCCUGGUCUUCGUUUC